UUCGUACUGUAGGGUUGCUAAUUUUUGGGUUUGGCUUCAUUAAAUAACAACGAACACACUCUUCGUGACAGUUAUGUUGAUGAUUUCGAUCUUUUGCACAUUACCUAGAGGACCAAUACUUCUAAGAUGAGUUGUCAACUAUUGAAGAAGUAUUUGAUGGCAAGCAAACAGGUGUCUUUCUGCCGUUGGAAUUAUGCAGUCCGACAUUUCAGAGCCACUGUUGCCAGCUCUGUGUCACUCAGGAUCUGUGAAAAGUUUAAAUUGCAGGAAAAUCAUUGCAAAAUGAAUCUUUGUUCAAAAAGUCUGCAUAUUUCAACUGCUUUAGAUGCAAGACGUAGUAGAUACAAGAACAGUGGGGCACACAUAAGCAAUUUAAAUGAUAAUGAAACACUAGUUCAGAAAGGAGACUCUCCUUUAGAAGUCCAGGAAUUUACUAGACAUUCUGAGUCAGAAACUGAAAGUGUAAUAGAGAAUAAUGUAAGUGAAAGACGCCAGAAACAUAGGGGUCUUUUUCAUGGGGAGCGUGAUGAAAUAAUUGACUAUGAAAAUGAACUCACCAAUAAUAUCACAGCUGAGAAUGAGGGAGAAACUUCAGUGUCCAUAUUUGAAAGGGCUGCGCAAGAGCUCAAGGAGCAUAAAUAUUCAGAUACAGGUGAGACUAAUAUUAUGGAUGCAACGUGGGAAGGCAGAUCUGAGCUGACUUCAACCAAAACCAUUGGUGAUAUAAGAGAAAUCUACAAAACAGAUGAGGGAUAUAAAAUACGGGAAAUGAAGAAAAUGAGACGAAUGGAGUUAGUUGCUAUUAAACAGGAAAUCAAAAGGUAUGAUCAGAGAAGGGAAUUCUUCAGCAGUGAAGGUGCCUUUGAAGGGAAUGAAAGUUUGGAUAUUGCCAUUGAACACAAAGGGGAAUUUCACCAUGUUCCCAUGAAAGUUCCUAUUCCAAAGCUAAAUAAUUUCUUGCCAAUAUUCACUGAGAAUGUUGAUUUACAGAAACUUGUUGACAUUGGUGUAGAUCUAUCGAAAGUACAGAAAGAGGGCAUAGCUGAAGACAUAUUGAACAUGAACUUUGAUCAGGACAUCAAACCUAUUUUGGUUUUCUUUACUGACAGAGGGGUGAAGCCAGAUCAGCUUGGGGAGGUUAUUAGUUCAUGUCCUGCUUUGUUAAAGCAAGAAGUCCAUAAUCUUAAGGUAAGGUAUAGCUACUUCCGUUCUAAGAACUUCCCGCGAGAUGCCAUAGCUGAGAUGAUAAUCAAGGAUCCAACCUUUCUAGCUAUGGCAGUGGAACAGAUUGAUGUUAGGCUAGGAUUUCUGCAAAAGUACCUGAACUUGACUGGGGCCGAGAUACGGGGAAUGAGAGGUACACUGGCCCCACUGAUACAUUUAAAGCAACGGCAUAUUGAGGAGGCGUUUAACAAUAUGAAGUUUGUGAUACGUUUUACCCCAGAGGAGAUCAAAACAAUGGUUUUACAAUGGCCCCAAAUUAUCCGUCACGAUGCCCAAAGCGUUGUAAGGAAUUAUGACUAUGUUAAUGAUGUGAUGGAUAUUCCUCAUGCUCACAUUGCAAAAUUUCCACAAAUUCUUACGACCUCCGUUCACAACGUGUCCUGGCGCCAUCGCUUUCUCCUCUACGUCGGGGCCGCCCAGUAUGACCCACUUUUACCAAACUAUGUUUCCUUGACGCGUCUCAUAGAGGGGGAUGAUGAGACUUGGUGUAAGGAUGUUGCUAAAUCGUCGCUAGAAACGUAUGAUAAAUUUCUUCGUAUGAUAUGAAUGUUGUGACUUGAACUGGAUUUUGGAUCUUUGCUGUUCACCGAAGAGAUCAUUAGUUUUGAUGGAUUAGAUAUGACUUGUGGAGUUUUAUUUAAAUUUAAAUGCCUCUUAAGUAAUUGUUGUAAAAGACUUAAGGUGGCUUGAUGGAACAUGAAUAGAAUUGCAAAUCUUUUAUCAGAAAUGCAGAAAUCUGAUUGGACCUAAACUCUACAAUAAGGAUUGAUUAUGAUGUCGCUGAAUGCUGUGAGAUGUGUUCACGAGUAAUGUACCAAAAUGAAUAUUGAUGUGCAUCACAGAAAAAUCUUCAAUCGCAAUAUACAGCACUGAACAACAUGAACUGAACAAUGCUGAAGGACAUUGUAACAUUUACCGUUAGAUAUUAAGAGGAAAAAAAGACUUGAAUCUGCUGUUUUCUUCAUACUCUUUACGUAAUCAUUGUCUGAACAUAGAAAUGAAUUUAUGUUGUAACCUUAUUAUUCAUGGAGCGACUAUUCUAAAAGAAGUAAAUGCAGAUAAUUACUUUUGUUUACUAGUUACUGUAUUUUAUAGAGAUACCGAGCAUACAUAUUCUCUAGAAUUAAAGGGAGAUAAUUUGUGUUUGACUUUGAAAUCCAUAAUCGAGAGUUAGGCUUCUUUUUUAUUUUUCCUUUUUUCUCCACACAUAUUGUGUACUUAUUUUAACGCUCCAUUUUUGAUGUUUAUGAUGAUAAAAUAAAGUUUCUUAUCAUUUAAUAAAAUACUUAAUAUUUGUUUAAGAAUAGAAGAUAACAUAAACAAA